AUGCCAUUAAUGUUGGCUUAUAUGAGUUCAUCCGGAAAAAUGUACAAUUUCAAUUUCAAAACACAUGAAUAUAAUUCUGGGACAUUUUGGCAACUUGAUUUGAGUAGUGUUGGUGGUCCUGAGCAACCAAUAUUCCGUUCGAUAUCGGCAUUGAUACAACAUUAUAAAUCACUUGUUAUCGAUCGUGGUGAUGGUAAAUCGGAAAUAUUUCCAGUGGAUUAG